AUGCCUCUGCCGGUGGCGUCAAUAUACCAAUCUACGAGGACGGCCAACCUGUCUUGGAAUACGGUACCAGCGCUUCGGCCCUAUCUUUUCCAGCAUCAUCAACGUGGUCAACGUGGUCAACGAGCAUCGGCUGGCGGCCCAGUUGGAUUCUUAAAACCAGUUUUGUACCAGAAUCCUGAAGCCUUUACGGAUGAAAUAAUCCUGGAUGCGGUACUCAGGACUUCAGCGCAGUUGAAGGCUGGGAUCCAGUCACUGGGCUGA